AUGUCGCCGAAGUUGAUAUUGCUAGGAUCUCUGUGUCUACUUGCCGCGAUACAGGUCAGGGCACAAGAUGAGGAAGGCAACGAGGGAACUGACGCAAACGCCGAGGAACUUUGUCAGGACAGGCCGGGCGACGAAUACUUUCGCUUGAGCGUUGAAGGAGACUGUCGCGAUGUCGUGAGGUGCGACAAGGCCAGCGAGAUCGGCGUGACCAGGUUGGCGACGGUGCGAUGCCCGACGGGUCUCGCCUUCGACAUCGAGCGGCAGACCUGCGACUGGAAGACGAACGUGAAGAACUGCGAUCAGCUCGAGAAGCCGCGUAAAGUCUUGCCCAUUCUCAAGACCGACGAACCCAUUUGCCCGGAGGGGAAACUGUCGUGCGGUAACGGCGAAUGUAUCGAGAAGGAUCUCUUCUGUAAUGGCACGCCCGAUUGCAAGGACGAGUCCGACGAGAACGCCUGCACCGUGGAGACCGAUCCUAAUCGCGCUCCAGAUUGCGAUCCUACGCAAUGCGUCUUGCCCGACUGCUACUGCUCCGCUGAUGGUACCCGAAUCCCGGGUAACAUCGAUCCCCAGCAAGUGCCGCAAAUGAUCACGAUCACGUUCAACGGCGCCGUGAACGUUGAUAACAUCGACUUGUACGAGGAGGUCUUCAACGGGCAACGUCAGAACCCGAAUGGCUGCCAGAUCCGCGGCACCUUCUUCGUCUCGCACAAGUACACCAAUUACUCGGCCGUACAGGAUCUUCAUCGACGAGGCCACGAGAUCGGUGUGUUCUCUUUGACGCACAAAGAGGAUCCGCAAUACUGGAGCCAGGGAUCGUACGACGACUGGCUGGCCGAGAUGGCCGGCGCCAGGCUGAUCAUCGAGCGUUUCGCCAACAUCACCGAUGGUUCCAUCAUUGGUAUGCGCGCUCCUUACCUCAGGGUUGGCGGUAACAAACAGUUCGAAAUGAUGGCCGAUCAGUUCUUCGUGUACGACGCGUCCAUCACCGCGUCCUUGGGACGAGUGCCCAUCUGGCCUUACACUCUGUACUUCAGAAUGCCUCACAAGUGCAACGGCAACGGUGGCAAUUGUCCGUCGAGGUCGCAUCCGGUCUGGGAGAUGGUGAUGAACGAGCUAGAUCGCAGAGAUGAUCCGACCUUCGAUGAGUCCCUCCCGGGUUGUCACAUGGUCGACUCGUGCUCCAAUGUACAAACUGGAGAACAGUUUGCUCGACUGCUCAGGCAUAACUUCAACAGGCAUUUCAACAGCAACCGAGCACCGCUCGGUCUACAUUUCCACGCGUCCUGGCUGAAGAGCAAGAAGGAGUACAAAGAUGAACUGAUCAAGUUCAUCGAGGAGAUGAUCGCCAGGAGCGACGUGUACUUUGUCACUAUGGUCCAGGUGAUCAAGUGGAUGCAGCAGCCUACUGAGCUCUCCGGACUCAGAGACUUCCAGGACUGGAAGGAGACCUGCGACGAGAAGGGUCUGCCCUAUUGCUCGCUGCCCAAUGCUUGUCCACUAACGACCAGAGAGCUGCCAGGCGAGACCCUGCGUCUCUUUACCUGCAUGGAGUGCCCCAACAAUUAUCCAUGGUUGCUGGAUCCAACCGGUGACGGUUUCUCCGCGAAAAAGUGAUCUAUCAUCCGCGAGACAAGCCGGCCGCGCGAUUUGAUCUUUAAAUAAAUUGUUUGAAAAAGAUCAUUGAUCGAUAUAUAUGGUAUAUAUAUAUAUAUAUAUAUAUCGAUUCGGCGUUAUCACGCUAUCAACGUGAUAACGCCGAAAUCGCGCGUCGUCGAUCGCUGGCGAUUUUGAUUAGUGGAGACAAUCACAUCGAGAACGCGGCUUUUUGGGAAGAAGACACGAACAAAGAGCAAUCGCGAUAAAAUGGGCAAAAGCGAGAUUACGAAAUCGUCUUCAUCGCCAUUAAAAAGCAUCAUCAUAGCCGGAAAUAGGAUCGUUCAGCGAGUACGUAAAAUAGAGCGAGGCACAUUCUAUUCUCGAAAACGCAUCCGCGGCGGGUUUAUCCGAAUCCGCGAUAGUCUCGACUAUUAUUAUUAUUAUUUAUACAAAUUAGGAUCGCGUUGAAGAAGAGGGAAAAGAAAAGGCGCGAUGCGUUCGCGAGGAUCGAUUUCUCGUGCAAGAUGAGCGGAUAAGACUCAAAGAAAAAAGGACGUGUAAAAAAGAAAAAAGGACAUGUACUUUGCUUUUUUUUCGCAUCCAUGAAACGCAAACUUAUUUGCGAACAACGCGUAGUAAACUUACCGCAAGGAUUGUGACUUUCGAGGACGAGGGCGAAACGAUCCAUGGAGACAUCCCACUUGUAAAUAACCAUAAUGGAUUCUUCCUGCCCUCUUUCUCUUCUCUCUCCCCCUGGUCGAUUCGGCACGUCCUCGUUGUUUUCUAGAGAUGCUGGAAAGAAAUGGACUCUCAUAAUUGAUACAGCGAGAAAUAAAAAAUAAAUAUACACCAUCUCGUGCCGCUCCUUCAACAUGUACUCAUUAAGAUUUAAGCGACGUGCAAAAAUCUAAGUAAUUUUUAGUAAUCUAAAAAUAUUUCCGAAUAAAAACUGUACGUAGAAAAAAA